CCCCCCUCCCUCGACGCCGAAAGCCUCCCGAGAUCGCGGGGCUGCCCGCCGCCGCGCUGCUGGCGGCUGCAAAGCCCUGUUAAAUACUACUUACUUGACGGGUCCGCCGACCCCCUCGGGGGUGGGUGGCGAGCGACAGUGAAGGCGCGACGUCGCCGGCUACUACGGCGACAAUGAACACGAUGUCGAACGUCACCACAAGCCUGUCUAACACCACGGCAACGAGCACCGCCACACCCGCCCGUGCGGCCAGCCGGACGAGCAUCGGCGGGACCAGCGGCAUGCCAUUUGACUACGGCCACAGCCGUAUGCAGGACCUGGGCGAGCAAGUGGCGGCCAGCCAGGCGAGCAUCGGCGGGGCCAGCGGCAUGCCGCACGUCGCUUCGGCCCCUCGCCCGAGGCUCGAGCACGCCUGCAGUGUUUGCGGCGCGUCCCGCCCGCGCCCACCAGAGGCGGGUGCAACGCUGCCGAGGAGAGGGGAGGGCGCGUGGGCGCGUGCGGCAACGGCGCCGACGAUUGGGAAUCCAGCCCUAAUAAGCCGCCCUAAUAGCCCUUGAAUCUCCUGUUCGAGCUUAAACAGGCUAACCAUGCAGGCAGGAAAACUAUACGCGGCCGGCAAGGGCGCACUGGGAGCAGGGGCCGAGGGCCCGCAGAUGGGAGGAGAGCAUCGUUC